UUUCUUCUGCUAGUUGUGUGUAUGUGCAGGAAAAAAUCAGAGACACUGCCUGCCUGUUCCCAUCUCUCUCUCUCUCUCUCUCUCUCUCUCUCUCUCUCUCCAGCUCACUAACUCACUCUCCCUCCCUGUGCAAACAUUGGAUUUAAACCUGCUCAGAAUUCAGCAUAGAGGAAAGCAGCGGAAGCAGCAAGCCAAGCAGCCUCUAGACUCCUGCAGCUCCAAGAUGUACCAUCCUGCCUGCUGGAUCGUCUUCACAGCCACAACCGCCCUGCUCUUCAUCCCAGGAGUGCCCGUGCGCAGUGGAGAUGCCACCUUCCCCAAAGCUAUGGACAACGUGACCGUCAGACAAGGGGAGAGCGCCACCCUCAGGUGUACCGUGGACGAGAGGGUCACGCGAGUAGCUUGGUUGAACCGAAGCACCAUCCUGUAUGCUGGAAAUGACAAGUGGUCUAUAGACAACCGCGUAGUCAUCCUAUCAAACACAAACACCCAGUACAGCAUCAAGAUCCAUAACGUGGACGUGUACGACGAGGGGCCCUACACCUGCUCUGUGCAGACAGACAAUCACCCGAAGACCUCGCGGGUGCAUCUGAUCGUGCAAGUUCCUCCCCAGAUUAUAAACAUCUCCUCAGACAUCACAGUGAACGAAGGUAGCAGUGUAACUCUCAUGUGUCUGGCCUUUGGGAGACCAGAGCCUACGGUGACAUGGAAACACCUGUCUGGAAAAGGCCGGGGCUUUGUGAGCGAAGACGAGUACUUGGAGAUCUCUGGGAUCACCCGGGAUCAGUCCGGGGAGUACGAGUGCAGCGCUGUCAAUGACGUGGCAGCUCCAGACAUCCGGAGAGUAAAAGUCACCGUGAACUACCCACCAUACAUCUCCAACGCCAAGAACACCGGCGCCUCGGUGGGCCAGAAAGGAAUCUUGCGCUGCGAGGCCUCUGCUGUCCCUGUCGCAGAAUUUCAGUGGUUUAAAGAAGAAACCAGAUUAGCCAAUGGGCUGGAUGGAGUGAGAAUUGAGAACAAAGGUCGAAUGUCCACGCUGACCUUCUUCAAUGUCUCGGAGAAGGAUUAUGGCAACUACACCUGCGUGGCCACUAACAAGCUGGGGAACACCAAUGCCAGUAUAAUCCUGUACGGCCCCGGAGCAGUUCAUGACGGCAGCAAUGCGGCUUCCAGAGCAAUGGCCUGCCUCUGGCUAUCGGGCACCCUCCUUGCUCACUUCCUCAUCAAGUUUUGAUAAGAAAGCAAAGGGUCCUCGGAGGCGACACCUGGCGUCUCCCACACCACAGACUUUAAUCUCUACACUGCGGGGGCAACACCCAGUUUUACCACUUGAACGUACUGCCAAGGGGGAAGGGAGAGGGAGAGUGGGAGGGGAAAAGAGUUCCAACCGCCUGUUGGGGGAUAAGUCAUGGGCGUUUCGCAAGGCGAAUCAAUUUCUUCUACCCCGGCCCCGCCCUCAACCCUAUUUAUAAACCUAUCCUAAAGGUAAGCGAGUCUCGGCUGAACCUGUUCAAAUUGCCCCCAGAGACGUGUCUUGGUUUGAGGGACGACACACAGCGGAAGUCAAAAUGAGUCAAAGUGUCCUAUUAUAUCUGUGUCUCUUAAGCAAAAGGAUUGUUCUUUCUACUUGUUACACUGUACAUACCUGUUCAUGUUGAUAAGUGUCCUAUUACACUUGGGCUUCACCUGGCAUCCAUUUGGAGGGAUGUUUUAAUAAAUCAAUCCACCCACCCAGCCCCCGCCAGCACCUGGGCUCUCGGAAACAACUGCAGUAAGUUGCGGCUGUGAACGGGCCAUAGCGAUAGUGCAUUUGGACACUGACAAAGGAUUUGAGAUCCCUUGGAGUGCGGAAAGGGAAAAGCUAGAGGAUACUGUUCUCCCCUCCUGCUAAAACUGAUGGCUGAGUGGCUAAUGCAAACAGAUAAAUAGACAAAAUGGUGAGUCAUCCAUCUCCCCAUCCAUCAAAGUAAUCACGGAGCCAUUCUAUCCAUCCAUCUAUCCUAUUCACCCAUCCAUCUAAUUAGUUAUCCAUCUGGCUUUCUAUCUCACCAUCUCUUUACUGUAUUUAUCAAUUUAUCAAUGUAAUUAUCUGUGCUUCUAUCCAAAUCUCUCCUUCUCUGCUCUUCAUCCAUCCAUCAGCGUAAUCAUCUCUAUUGAGCCACCUAUUUAUCUAGCCAAGUUUCUAUCUCGUUCCCUCCAUCCAUUUAGCUUUCUUUCUAUUUUGUCUGUUCAUCCACCUGUUACGGCGGAGGAUAUUGAGAAAUUUCACAAUAUUACAUUUAUGCGUGUGGUAGAACGUAACUACUGGUCAUAAAGCUAAGCAAUAUUUGGCCAUUUGGGCAUGUCUCUGACAAUUCAAAACAUGAUAAUGCAGUAGCAAUCCUUCACUUAGUCCUCCCCGCAAAAAAAAUAAACUAAAAAAAAGAGAGAUCUGUUUUCUCCUAUCUCCCCAAAAUAUAUACUCUCUUUUUCAAAGUAAACAACACCCGUCACUCCACCCCAAUGCUGUUAUAAUCUUUUGCCUUUAAGAACCAAUGUUUUAUAUUUGCUAACAGGUGCUUGUACUGCUGUUUUCCAAUGGGGAUGCAUCCAGUUUCCUUUAAGAAAAGUCCUAAUUAUCCAUUAUUUAUGGCAAUUCCAAACAACAUGUCCACUACCCAUCCCGGGAGAGCCAGAUGCAAUCUGGCCAACACUUCUAUGCUCACUCCCUUUCCCAGCCCCGAUCCUCAUUUGCUCUGUUCAGAAUCCAUCCAGUCAGAAGCUGACGGAGGCCAAUUAUUUUGCUAGUGUGUUGACAUCACUCCUGUAUUUGUUUGGGAACCUCUUAUGAGCAGAGGGUACUUGAAUAACUGACUUAAUUUCCAAGCACUUGAUUAACUCAACACAGAAAACAGAUGGGAAAGAGGAAGGGAAGAGGAAAAAAAAAAUACAACCUCCCACAAACCUACAUUCACAUGGUUUCCUGUUUCUCAGUUGCUUCUCUGGAAAUGUUUUAGAGAGGGAAUUUCAGGCAGCUGUCUCCAAAAUGGAACAGCAGCAUCAGACCUUUUAUUUUUUAGACUAUGGAUGUUUAUUUUGAAAGUUUCAAUUGAUUCUUCUCCAAGUUCCUUGCUUUGAUUUAGGCCUUAUUUGAAUGAAACAUGGCACUUUCUUGAAAGCCUAAUGGCAGUAAGGGAGGAAUCUGCAUUGUUUAAAUGUCUUUGAAUGUACUUUUUUUUUUUUUUUUUUUAAUUAAAAAUACUACUAGCUUUCUGGGUCACUGCUAAGGCCUGACAGGGCUAGACGACUGUAGUAUUCACAGACCAAACCGCAGCCUGCAUGACAGGCAUUCCAAUCAACGCCCCAGACCUGACUGGGCGGCACAGUAUGACCUGAAUCACUAGAGUGAAUCAAGUGGCUCUUACAAAGACCUGCCAAGUAGAAACCUCUUUGCUUUUUCUGAUCCCACAAGACAUAAACACUAUUUUCCAGGUAGGAAGUAAAAGGAGACAUUGAUUCAUUUGGUUAUUUUUGUUGUUGUUGAUUGUUUUAGUUUUUUUUUGUUCCUUUUACCACUGUGGCCAUCUGACUGAGUGCAGGCACUACCAAUGGUGCUGGUCUGAACGCAGUAGGCAAACAAACUGCAGCAAGGAAGCAUACAACCUACCAUAAUGAGCUGCCGACAGCCAUGUGUCAGGGACGCAAAGAUGAACUUGCAGAGAGGGAGUGACUCGUGCCGGUUUCCUGUAGGAUCUAGGUGUUUUAGUCAGAAGGUCAAGGAUGUGCCUCAUCCAAUCUGUCAAUAAAUGUAAAACAUGAAUGAUUAAAGGAAAGUCUGAAAAAAUACUUAUACAAGACUGAACGUUUGGGCGAUAUAUUCAUAAAAUGGAGCAGGACAUUCUUUUGAGUUCAUGCAUAUGAAAAAAAAAAAUCCAGCAGUCGAGUUCUUGAAUGUAUACACUUGCUUUCCCAUUUAUUUUUCCUUCCAAGAGGGAAGGUUUGAGUAUGAAGAGGGACAUGCCUGGAUUUCACCACCACCACCACCAUCUGUUUUACUGCUUUGAAAAAAAAAAUCUAACAGCGUCCUCCCACUCUUUCAUCUGGAUAAAAAAAACAUCAUGAAGCUGUUGCACAUUGGCUUAAUCUGUGCAAGAAGUCUCCUACAACAGGUCCACAUGGAACCUUGUUCAUUGUCAAAGACAUACAAAGGUGUAUUCUUAUUUUAAACCACAGAUAUGCACGCUGGAUCCACUGGCUUAUUAGGUGGAAUGCUGGUAAAGAACUAAAACAAUAUGUCUUCACUUUUAUAUCUAGUUCAACCACAAGUUAUAGGCUAGCAGCUGGGAUCAUUGGAUAUAAUCUACGGCCUGUGUCAUACAGGAGGACAGACUAGAUGAUCUAACAGUCCCUUAAAAAUCUAUGAAUUAGUACUGAACAAUGUUGUUGGUGUAUGAAUACCAUAAACAGCAGCAGAUGCCUUUAACUGUCAAAGCAGGGCACCAAACAGAGAGUUUUAAGUGCUUAAUCAUGCCAUAACUCUGUUGAGGCUGAGGGAGGAGAGCUGCUGGAGAGAACCUGAAGAAGUGGUCUCUCAGAGGGGUUAACUAGUGUAGCUACUCCUACCUAGACGCCUCUUCUCUUCCUGCCUGCUAUCAUCAUCAGAGAGACAAUAACUUGAGAAGCCACACAGACACGCAUACUGCCGUUAAGAAGAGAGAGGUACAAGUGGAAUCUAGUGGAAGUAAUAACAGACCAUUUCAAAACAACAUUUCAAAGCCCACUGGGGCAUCCAUAUCUUUCAUGACUUUCAAGGUCAUGUGAACUGAAGUUGGUGGUAAAUGUUAAGUGCCUGAUACAUGGUUGUUUGGAAGCCUGUUUUUUUCCUGGUGUUCAGGAGAAAUGCCACCAAUGUAAGAGUCAGGUCUCCAUGUUCUGUUGCUGUGCUACAGCAUUCCCUUGGGCAAGGGCAGACAAAACGUUUUCACUUCAGUAUCUCAAGCACCCUGCAAAUUUAGGCCAAGCUUUGGCAAAAUGUUCACAUUAGCAAGGAAGCUCUAGGCUCUCAACUCUGUAUCCCAGACACCACAUCUCUCUGCACAAGUUUCAUGUGAGGAUGACAUUAUGUGCUAGGUGUGUAGCAAGCCAGAGCACUGAAAGUCAUAGAAAGUUCCUGUUUCAGGGUGUGUUACAUUGACUUAAAAUAGAUCUGUUAAACCAUGCAAUAGAAAAAAAAACCCUACAAAAGUAAUUGCUGCAGAUGAUUCACCUGGAAAACUUCUAAGAUGUUUACACCCCGGGUGGUCCCAAGUGGAGCUGCAUGAAAAAUCUCAAGUGACGCAUGACAAGGAGUGAGAUUUUUCUCCCCUCAUCAAAGGGAAAAGGAACAACAAUAACAACAAAAACCAAUGAUUUCCCUGAAUGUGACUCCAGGUUUCUUAUCUCUGGAAACCCAGGGGAAAAAAAAAAACAGCAGCCACAAGGUAAAGCUGAAAAAAUGUUUUAAUUUGGGGCAAAAAAUAUGAUUUUCUUCUCCUCUUCAUUCCCCACUGACAGCAAGAGGGUUUUAGUUUCUGCACAGCCCUUGUUUUGAAAACCUUCAAGUGCAAUUUUCCCUCCCCCAAAGACAGGAACGUUUAAGUAGCCACAGGACGCCUUUCUAAGAGGUGGGUGAUAUAUCAGAGAAAAGUGUUUCCAAAUAACGCUAAGAUGGGAAAAAUCCUAUUCAAAAGGAAACAGCGUCCAUUCGUCCCUUACAGGAGAAAAACAAAACAAAAUAUUGCAGUUAAAAGCUAUGCCAUAAAAUAGCUAACCAAGAUACAUUGUCCAUUCAGUAUUCAACGCUUUGGAACAGAGGCCAAGUGAUAGUCAACCAAUGCACGUUGCUCUUCAGAUAUACUUUGGUACUAAGGCCAAAUUUAAUCAACGUAAGUUGUCCUUCAGAUAUUGAACAUGCUGGCUCCAAGGCUAAGUGAAAUGGAGUUUUUGGAAGAUGGCAACCACACACCCAGAUCUCUGCAUUACUUUAAAGGGAUCCUUUAGACUCUCCAAGACCCACGGCUUCAAGACUGAAUUCUUCCUGCAACCAUGGGUGGUUAGCAUCAAGAACAGGAAAACCUCUAACCUAGUCCCCUCUGCUCCACACGAUUAGUUCUUUUUGGCAGAGGAAACUAAAAAGAAUGGCUAGCAGGGACCUUUUUUUUUUUUAAAGCAUUCAAGUUUCUUGUGACACGUAAAGUGCAGUUGUGAGGAACAUGUUGGGUGUAUGAAACCGUUAACUGUCCAGUUCAGAGUCCUUCUCUUUGCUAGGUUUAAAAAAUGCUAUGACUUAUCAAUGGUGCAGUUCUACUAGCUGUGUAAAAGGCUAUGGUUGUGCACAUUUUACUCACAAUUAUCCUAAAAAAAACAACAAAAAACAAAAAUAAAUAAUUUUCUGUAUUCAAACGCUUAAAAGAAAAUCAAACAAACAAACCAUCACAUUGUUACAAAAAAGCAAACUUUAUUUUUCCUGUCAGCCUUCUAGGAUUACUUUCAUUUGAUGAUUAUUUCUUAAAGCAAUGAAGUCAAGUCUUGAUUUUCCGUCAAUAAUUGUAUUAAAAAGGGUGAAUAUACUACCUGAAUUUUGUGCAUGUUACAUUGUAGUUGUAACCUUUUCUAAUUCAGAAAGAAUAAGAGAUGGUUGUGAUUGUGCAGUGUAUCAAUAAAGUUUGAAGAAAUUUG